AUGCCUGCGAAAACAUCGAGAACUUCAGUAAAUCGAAUUAUUUUGAAUAGUCAUAGCAAACUCAGUCGUCUUAUCGAAAAGAAUGUUUUACUUUUAAAACAUAUAUCAAAUCAGAUUAUCCAGUCUAACAUUAUUUUUAUCAUGCCUUCAAUUGAUACAAGCGACAUUUACUACCCAGUUUCAUGGAUCAAAACAACUACUGAUCUUGUUUUGAACCUAUUCAACAGUCCACAGAAAACUAAACGUUCUCUACCAGAAGAAGCCGAAUGCGGCUCUUUAGAAGGAAUUAAAUGCUGGCUUCGUGAAGGUGCAGAUAUUAAUGCUCCUGAUGCUUAUGGUUAUACACCAUUGAUGAACGCUGCUAUGCUUGGUCGACGUGAUAUCGUUAAAGCAUUAAUCGAUGCUGGUGCUGAUAUCCAAAAGAAAGGUCAAUUCGGCUAUACAGCUCUUCACGCUGCCGCUCAAAAUGGCCAUCUCGAUGUAGUUCAAACGCUUGUUAAAUACGGAGCUAGUGUUAAUUGCAAAAAUGACGAUGGAGAUAUUCCACUCAUUCUUGCUGUCCGUGGUACACAUGCUGAAAUCAUUGAUUAUCUAUUGAAAGCCGGUUCCGAUAUUCACCAAAACGGUUGGCUUGGACAAUCAGCUGUUCACACAGCCAUUGCAACAGGUGACCAAGCAACAGCUGAUACAUUGCUAAACCGAGAAAUGAUGAUUGGCUGUUCAUGCUCAGAAUCACACCGUCAUGCACGAGAGCACCUUCGACAAGCGUCGAUGUCAUUAGAUGAUUGA